AUGGAAACUGGAGCCGACGCCCCACUUGUAACGGCACUUGAUGAUAAUUCUUUAGCCAAUAUCGAAGCAAAAACUUCAAAACCAGCGAAAAUAGCACCGGCCAAGAAAAGGAAAAAGAAGACCUUGACAAAAGCGCAGAAAGAAGAGCUAAAAUUGAAAAGGGAGGCCGAGUCUAAGAAGUUGGAGUUAACUCAAAAUUUACAACGGGAGCUCGAGUUAUACAUGCGAUCUGCAAGGAAAAGCAGAGAGGAUUGGGAGGAAAUAUGUAGGGAAAUCAAGAUAGGGGAACUGAAAUCUGAAGUGCUGGAGUGGGAGAAUAAAACGCAGCGGGUAAUGCAACAGAAGGAUGAGAAAAUACAAAACCUGCUUGCAGAUAUGGAGUCCACAAAAGAUAUGGCCAAACGAAAUUUCGAACGCCAUCUGCAGGUGCUGGAUUAUGCCACAAAUUGCUACAACACUCUGAUCGCAGUUUCUAAGCAGCUCUACGAAUCUGAGGCACAGCAAAUGAUCCAAGAAUUCCACGAAGAACUAAACUCUCGGAAAGAUAUCGAGGAUGGGUUUCGACUCAACUGUGAAAAUAUCAUGCAUGCCACCAAUUUCGUAGUGGAAAAUCAAAUGCUUUCGGACUAUAAUAUCUUCGUGGAGAAGCAGGAUAACGCGGUGAAUACUGAGAUCGAGAAACGCUUUCAAAUACGAGACAGCGUCAUCGCAAAAAUGAAAGCUCUCCACAAACAACUCAUCGACUUCAUUAGCUCGCUGGUGGAUACCUCAUUGGAUGCCAAAAAGUAUGAGCACAUCCACGGGCUGAUGCAACGGCAGCGUAAUUUCGUUACCGAGUCGCGAAAGAUGAACGACAUCGAAUUUCGUCUGACGCGCACCGCUGGCGAUUUGCAGCGCGAAUUGGUCCACAAUGAAGUAGAGGCGCAGAGACGAUUGGCCGACUUACGUCUCGAACGAGAGUACUUCAUGCAGGUGCGGAAAGGAAUCGAACAAAGUAUUCAUAACGACAGGCGCGAAACUUUCGAAAAAUUGCAAAUUUUCUCCGGCGAGUGUUAUGGCAUGCUGAAGGACUACCAAAAGCUAUUGAAAUAUGGCGAGCUGCUGCUUUCACUCACCGCCAGCUGCCGUAAGUUGCAAACAGAAUCGGAAAAAGUGGUGGCGCCCAAAGAUGAGGAUAAGCUGUCCGAGGAGGAAAUAGAGUUCAGCUUAAAAGCUCUGAACUUGGAAUCACAUGUGGACAUGUCCGAUGCGGAGCUUUUAAGGCAAAUGCAACUUAUGAAGAACUUUUGGCAUCGUACAGCUCUUGCCGAGGCUCAGAAUCUCAUUCUUGCCCAAGAGAAGCGUGAACUUUUGGAAGAGAAUCAAAAAUAUAUAGACUUCAUAAAGCUAAUGAGCAAGCGGGAAAAUAUUGAAGACAUGUUGAAAACCUUGACGGUGACACCUUUGUUGCCUUAUAAACCGGCUAAGUGCUUGCACAAACAAACCUGAACUUCUGUGUUUGCAAUGAGCUCUAA